CGGGAAGGAUACAACUCUAGCAGUUGUCAAAUCAAAACUGUUGUUCACUCGCUUCCCGGGAGAACUGGGAAAGGUCUCUUAUCUCAAAAGUGAUGUGAAACUAAAUGUGUUAUCAUAGUUCUUCACUGUGGCAUUCUGAUAAGGAGCUUUACUGUUCAUUUAGCUGUCUGUUUGCUAGCUAACCUCUCUAAAGCCCCACUAGCUGCUCGUGUUGACAGCUGCAGACACUGAGACAUCAACAACUCCUGUUUGAAGCAUUGUGUAUCAAUGGCCUCCAAAGGUUGGCAGCAUCCUUAUGUCAACAUAUUCAAACAUGUCAGGGUUGAAGACUGGAAACGGUCGGCCAAAGAGGGGGAAGUGUCAACAUGCACGGACAAGCGCCUGAAGUGCUCAGUGUUCAGGAUCAGAGGUCCUGUUCCUGCCAACAGCUUCAUCAUGAUACCCAAAAACAUCAACCAGUCUCUGGGGCUGACCGGUCGCUUCUUCUACCUUCUAUUCAGGCCCACCCCCGGAAAAUACUUUGUGGUCCACCUGGAUGUUUCUGCCGAGGAGGGCCAAGUGGUCCGUAUCUCUUUUUCCAACAUGUUCAAAGAAUUUAAAUCCACGGCUACCUGGCUUCAGUUUCCUUUCUUGUGCGGAGCUGCAAAGGAUUCAGUCUAUGAAAGCACAGCUAAAUCUGCAAGACAUGGCUUAGUGGGUCCUGCUCCCACGUCAGUGCGUUGGACCUGUCUGACGCUGGAUCUGCAGUACACUCUCUCUGUCUACCUCAACGGCUGCUACAGUCAACUCAAGAGCAUUAAGCUUUGUGCCAACAUGGCAGUGAAAAACAUGUUCACCAGCAACCUGCUGCUAGAUCCAGGUCUUUCCUUCAGUGAAGCCAAGCUGAUGGGUCUGGUUUCUUCCGAGGGAACGGGUCCCGUCCCCAGAGACAUGUCAUUUCCUGUUCCCAAAGGAGGCUCCUGGCACGACCUCUACGAUCACAUCAGGUUUCCCUCAGGGGGAACGAAGCUACCCUUUGACUCCAUUCAAAAAGACCCUCCCAGGCCCGAGGCUAGUUGUGUCUCUGACCAAAGAAGACCAAUUAGAGAGGAGCCUUGCUUUGUCAGCCUCAGCAAACCCGUUCAGGACCGAGUGUCCCUCAUCCAGCAGAUCACCGCUCCAAAAUCAGUAAGACUUAAUUCGCCACCCCGGUGCAUCUAUCAUCAUUCCAACAAAGCGCAGACAGCACAGGUGAGAGAGGAGAGUCAGUUACAGAGUGGAACACAGGAAUCCAUCAAAAGUUUGAGAGCUCAUCCACUUUUUUCUACUCUCUCCUCCUUAGAAGCUGCUCCCGACCCUAUUCUCAGGCUCAAUCGAAUCACUCGGCUUGGGGGAGCCACUACUUUACAGGCCCUGUGGAGCAAAUCGGGUGAUGAAGUUGUGUAUCCGUGUCACGCAAUCAUCGUCUCCAUGAAGAUAUCGUCUAACCAGCAGAGAUUCUUCAUCGGACACACUGAUAAGGGAAAUAUUAAUCCACGCCCCGCUGAGCGUACCAGCCUCCAGGAAGACAGCGGAAAAAUCCAGGGGCCAGAGUCUCAGGAAGCCAUCCUCAGAACCUAUGUAUAUGUGCUUCCUCACACAUGGCCUUGUCUUCCAGAGCAUGAAGGACCUGUGAGCCUGGUGUCAGUCUCUUCUGACAGCCUUCAGGUGCUGGCAGCCACCUCCACCGGUAACCUGGGUUUCCUCGAUGUGAGCAGCCGCGGUUACAACACGCUGAUGAGGUCACACACUGACACGGUGCUCGGCUUCAGCGUGGAUGGCAUCCGCCGGCAUCUCACCUCAGCCUCCUCCGACGGCACCGUGCGCAUUUGGAACAUGGAUUCCUUGCAUCAGUUGUAUGAUUUCGCGUCAGAGGACAGCCCCUGCUCGGUGGCUUUCCAUCCCAGCGAGCAGGUCUUCUCUUGUGGCUUCAACUCCGGCAUCGUAAGAGUCUUCGACAUCUCCGCUGCCAAGCUGCUGGCUGAACACAAGCAGCACAGAGGUGAAGUGGUGGGUCUGGCCUUCUCACCGGACGGGGAGUUCAUGUACAGCGCUGACUCUCAGGGCUCUCUGGCACUUUACAACGCCACAGAGGAAGACCUCAACGUGAUCAGAGUUGUGUGUAAUGUGGUGGCUCGAGGCACCGAGCACGCUCCAGACGCUCUCGCUGUGAGUAGCGACAGCUGCUGUCUGGCUUUCAUCGGCCCCUCGGAGUACAUCGUCACCAUCGCUGACUCGCGCUCUCUGGAUGAGUUGCUCCAUGUAGAUGUGAGUAUUUUGGACGUGCAGAGCCCCCGGCUGGAUUCUGCUCUGAGGGUCUGCUUCUCUCCGGCCUCCACUGAACACUUGUUGGUCGCCACAUCUUCUAACAAGAUCCUCUGGGUCAGCACCAAGACAGGCCGCCUGCUCCGAGAGGUGUCCAAGGUGCACAAACACCAGUGCUCGUCCCUGGCUGUGAGUGAGGACAGUCGGUUCCUGCUGACGGCGGGACACAAUGCUGUCAAAGUGUGGGAUUACAACAUGCAGCUCCAUAUAAACUCACAGAUGUUUAUCGGCCACAGUCAGCCAAUCCGCCAGGUGGGCUUCACCCCCGACCAACUGGGCGUGGUCUCAGUGGGAGACGCCAUCUUCCUUUGGGACUUCCUGGCACUUCCUGUCGACUCUUUGACUGACAGCCGUUCACCUCUGGUAAUAAGACACACCCCUGCUCCUAAAUCAGCUCAACCACACACUGAAGUGAAUGGAGUUCGGUUGUCCAAUGGGAUGCCUCGACGGACGGCUCCUCUUCCCUCCUCUCCGCCACCACGACUCGACAUCAGCACCCUCGACCAAGUUGACCAGGAGGUUUUGGGCUCCUUGUCGAUAUGUGAUGACCCCCCAACAGUCCCCCCCGCUUCAGUUGCAGACCCUUCCUCUGACCCCAGACCUCCAUCCUCCUUCCUCAGAGUCACAGAGCUGACCCACACAUCUCCACUCAACUCAAGUCUUACGGAAGCUGUUGAGUUGAAAGGAAAGAAGCCAGUACGUCCUGAUUGUUACAGGCACUUUAUUCCACGCUUCAAGACCUCCACUCUGGAUCAGGCUGCAGUGGCUCCUCAGGCAGGAGAAGAGGGCAUAAAGCUAAAAGCAGUCAUCGGCUAUAAUGGAAACGGCCGUAGCAACAUGGUGUGGAGCCCUGACCGAGGUUUGUUUGCGUACUCGUGUGGCUGCGUGGUGGUGGUGGAGUAUCUUCACACAGGAAGUCAGAGACACCUGCAGUGCCACAGCGAGGAGAUCUCUUGUCUCGCAGUCACACAUGAUGCACAGACGGUGGCAUCAGCAGCUGGAGGCAGUAACGCCAGCAGGAGCCUCAUCUGCAUUUGGGACGUCCAGAAUGGAACCUGUCGGAGUACCAUCUCCUACCACAGGGGGGCGGUGCAGAGUCUGGCCUUCUCAAGGGACGAUCGCUUCUUUCUCUCUGUUGGAGACUUCUCUGAGCCAGAGGUGGCUCUGUGGAGCAGUAAGACCUUCCAGCUGCUGUCCAGUGUGAGUGUGUCGGGGCCGCUCCAUGACGCAGCGUUCAGCCCCUCCGCAGCCGGCCAGCUGGCCUGCGUGGGCCGCCAGGGGGCUUUCUUCUGCCUGAUCCACACACAGGGUUCAGAUGUAGACCUCAAGGUGCAGAGGGUGAAAGCCCCCUCAGAGGUGGGCGAGGUGGAGCUGACGGCGCUGUGCUACCACACCGACUCCUUCCUGUUCACCGCCACCAAUCGAGGACACGUUUGCGUCUGGGACGUAAACACGCAGCGCUGCUUCAUGACCUGGGAGGCCGAUGAGGGAGAGAUUGGAGUGCUGCUGUGUCGGGGGAACCAUCUGUUGACGGGCAGCAACACCCGCUGGUUGCGUCUGUGGGAGGUAGAAGCUGUUCGGGGCGUGAAGCCUCAGGAAAAGGUCUGCAGCGGGGAAGACAGUGGCACCUCAGUGGUGUUGGAGCAGGAGAUAAUGCUGGACGGGACGACGGUCAGCGCUGCGUUUGAUACCUCGAUGGACAUGGGCAUCGUUGGCACCACAGCGGGAACCCUCUGGUACAUCAACUGGUCGGACUGCAGCAGCAUCCGGCUGGUCAGCGGGCACAAGACCCAGGUGAAUGAUGUGGUGUUCAGCUCUGACGAGAGACAUUUUGCCACCUGCAGCGAGGACGGCAGUGUGAGGGUGUGGUCGGCGCCUAGCAACGAGCUGGUGGUGCAGUUCCAGGUGCUCAACCAGGCCUGUGGCUGUGUGUGCUGGAGCCCUUCUUCCAGCACAGAGAGUGCAUGUGUGGCUGGAGGAUACAGCGAUGGGACUCUGAGGAUCUUCAGGCUUUCCUCCUCAGAGAUGGAGAUGAAGCUGCAUCCUCACCAAGUGGCCGUCACUGCCAUCCAGUACUCAGCUGACGGUCAUGUGAUCCUUUCAGCGGGGAAGAAUGGUCUGGUGGCUGUCAGCAGCCCGAUGAAUGGAGCGACUAUUCGUAUAAUCCGGGAUCACAAAGGAGCCCCGAUUACCACCAUCCAGUGUGUGAAUGAACAGUGUAAGAAUCUCAAACUCGAAGGAAAGGAGAUGUGGUUGGCUGCCAGUGCUGACAGACGCGUCAGUGUGUGGGCUGCUGAUUGGCUGAACGACAAAUGUGAUCUACUUGACUGGCUGACAUUUCCUGCUCCCGCCUAUAUCGGGGAUGACAGCCCACCUCCCAGCCUGGCUGCCUUCUGCCCCGCAGACCCCGGCCUGCUGGUCUACACCGGCUAUGGAGUGGAGAAAGAGCUGUCGUUCUACAGCCUGGCAAAGAAACAGAUAAUCAAAACGAUUGCCCUUCCCGACUGGGCCACAUGCUUAAGCCUCUCCUGUCACAGCCAACUCAUAGCUGUGGGAUCAAAAGGGCGGGUGGUGAAGCUGAUCAAGUCGUCCAGCGGCAGGUUCCAGGACUUCCUGCAGCACAGCGACUCGCUGCAGACGUGUCGCUUCUCGCCUUCAGGGAAGCUUCUCUUCACUGUAGCUUAUAAUGAGAUCCUGCUGUGGGAGGUGCAGGACCUCUGAGGGCCUUUUUCACCCUCUAACACUUUCCUCUUUCCCAGGUGCCUAGUUGAAAUGGGUUUUUUCUGUAGUUUUAUUGUUCCAUAUUUAUUUAUUUCUUAUUUUAGUCGAGCUAUAAUUUGUGGAGAGGUUUUUUGUUCAUAUGCCACAUAGAUUUUUUUUUUACGUGCAUGGUUUUAUAUUACAAUUUUUAAGUGAUUGAUUUGUAUUUCCAGUUUCUUGUCAUUUUUGACAAUUUUUGUAAGGUUUUCUUACUGUACAUUUAAGAUUUGUAUAAUGGUACGUUGCUGUUAUUUCUAUAUAUUUUUUCAGUUGUAGAUAGAAUUAUGGUUUGUGGGCUGCUGAAGGAUGGCAUGAGGUUUAAAUAAAAAGCAGCAUGCAAAAUAAAAAACUAUAAUACAA